GCCCAUCCUCUCUCUCAGUGCGACUCCUCCGAGGGAUCAGGAGUAGACAAAGUCAAACUUCCAGCAGCUGAAGAUUUCUGUGCAACAUUUGAAUGAUCCAAGCCGUCAAGGAAAUGGGAACAUGGCAUCAAACUUCAGCAGAAUUAAGAGAAGUCUAAUAUGUGAAUAGAACAGGUGUCUAUGGUGAUGUUGCCAUGCGCCAGCUGCCAUCCUCGUCUAUCCUUCAUCAUUUAGCACGACAGAUGUCCAGAUGGUGUUCACCUCCAUCUGUAACUUACUUCAGCUCUCCCUGACCGUUUCAUGGGCCACAAACCGACCCCAGCAUCAACGACCACUGGUGACUCAACCACUGAACACCACACCCUUCACCCCUUACCCCUAACCCUUACCCUUCGCCCCAACCUCCUUCUUCCCCUCUUUCUCUCAAGCCUCUCCUCAUACUUUAACACACUCAGCCCUACCUGAGCCGAACAUGGUGGUCCACAUCCCAGCUCUACUCCUGUUCAUGAUGUGUCGGGGCGUCCUGCUGUCUGCUGGAGACCAGCCUCAGCAGUCACGCAAAGAGAUUCGAAUCGAGGGGGAUCUGGUGCUUGGAGGUUUGUUCCCUGUGCACGAGAAGGGUGCUGGGAUGGAGGAGUGUGGACGUGUGAAUGAAGACAGAGGGAUUCAGAGACUGGAGGCCAUGCUGUUUGCCAUAGACAGAAUCAAUACUGACAGUACACUCCUGCCUGGGAUCUCUCUGGGGGUCCACAUACUGGACACUUGCUCCAGAGAUACCUAUGCACUGGAGCAGGCUUUGGAGUUUGUAAGAGCCUCCCUCACAAAGGUUGACGACACUGAGUUCAUCUGUCCAGACGGAUCUUACGCUCUGCAGGAUGACAGCCCGCUGGCCAUCGCUGGAGUCAUAGGCGGCUCCUUCAGCAGCGUCUCCAUACAGGUUGCCAAUCUUCUCAGGCUUUUCCAAAUUCCUCAGAUAAGCUAUGCUUCAACCAGUGCCAAGCUCAGUGAUAAGACCCGCUACGAUUACUUUGCCCGCACGGUUCCCCCCGAUUUCUACCAGGCCAAAGCCAUGGCUGAAAUCCUCCGCUUCUUCAACUGGACAUAUGUUUCCACUGUGGCAUCUGAGGGGGAUUAUGGUGAAACUGGUAUAGAAGCCUUUGAGCAAGAGGCCCGCAUGAGGAACAUCUGUAUUGCCACUUCAGAGAAGGUUGGACGCUCUAAUGCUAAGAAGUCCUAUGAAGCUGUCAUUCGUCAGCUUCUCCAGAAGCCCAAUGCUCGUGUGGCUGUCCUUUUCCUGCGCAGCGAUGAUGCCAGAGAGCUGCUGGCAGCUGCAGCCAGACUUAACACCUCCUUCAUCUGGGUGGCCAGCGACGGCUGGGGUGCACAGGAAAGCAUUGUCAAGGGGAAUGAGGUCACUGCUGAGGGAGCCAUUACACUCGAACUGGCAGCCAAUCCUGUGCCAGAAUUCAAUCAGUAUUUCCUUGGCUUGAACCCAGUCAAAAACCAUCGUAAUCCCUGGUACAGGGAAUUCUGGGAGCAGAGGUUCCAGUGCUCAUUAGGAGGUGGUGGAGGAGGAGGUGGAGGAGGAGGUGGAGGAGGAGAGGAAGGAGAGAUGCUUCUCCCACCAUGUAACAAAGACUUGUCAAUGGACAAGAGCAGCUUUGAACCAGAAUCCAAGAUCAUGUUUGUGGUGAAUGCGGUGUAUGCCAUGGCAAUCGCCCUCCAUAAUAUGCAGCGGAGCCUGUGCUUCAACACCACCAAGCUCUGCGACAGCAUGAAGGCCCUGGAUGGACGUAGACUCUACAGGGAUUACAUCCUUAAUGUCAGCUUCACAGCACCUUUCGCUCCUCCUGGCAUUGAGACGGUGGUGAAGUUUGAUUCCCAGGGGGACGGCAUGGGCCGAUACAACAUUUUCAGCUACCAGCGCUCCGCUGAUCGUUACGGCUAUGUGCCAGUGGGAGAAUGGGCAGAGAGUCUAAGCCUAAGCAGUGAUCUGAUUCAUUGGCCCAGAGAAGUGGUGCCCACCUCACAGUGCAGCGACCCCUGUGAGCGCAAUGAGAUGAAGAAAAUGCAGGCAGGUGAGUACUGCUGCUGGAUCUGCACAGCCUGUGAGCCUCAUGAAUACCUGGCUGAUGAGUUCACCUGCUCACCCUGCGCGCCUGGGCAGUGGCCCACCGACGACCUAACAUCCUGUUACGACCUUCCUGAGGACUACAUCAUGUGGGAAGAUGCUUGGGCCAUUGGUCCAAUUACUAUUGCAUGUGUAGGGUUUGUCUGCACCGGCCUGGUGUUCUGGGUCUUUAUAAGACACAACCACACACCACUGGUCAAAGCCUCAGGCAGAGAGCUUUGUUACAUCCUCCUCUCGGGAGUCUUCAUGUCCUACGCCAUGACUUUCCUUUUCUUGGCCAAACCCUCUCCUGCCAUCUGUGCCCUUCGGCGCCUGGGUCUGGGCACAUCAUUUGCUGUCUGCUAUUCCGCCCUCCUUACCAAAACUAACAGAAUUGCCAGGAUUUUUAAUGGCGUAAAAGAUGGAGCAGGAGCAGUGAGGCCACGCUUCAUUAGCCCGUCCUCUCAGGUGUUUAUCUGUCUAAGUCUAAUUUCCGUCCAGUUGGUAAUGGUGUCAGUUUGGCUGUUGCUGGAAGUUCCAGGGACACGGCGCUUCACGUUGCCAGAGCGUCGGCAGACUGUCAUCCUCAAGUGUAACGUACGAGACUCCAGCAUGCUGCUAUCACUGGGAUAUGACGUACUCCUGGUCAUCCUGUGUACUGUGUAUGCUUUCAAGACCAGGAAGUGCCCGGAGAACUUUAAUGAGGCCAAAUUUAUUGGAUUCACCAUGUACACGACCUGCAUCAUUUGGUUGGCAUUCCUCCCCAUCUUCUAUGUCACAUCCAGUGACUACAGGGUUCAGACCACAACCAUGUGUAUCUCAGUCAGCCUCAGUGGUUUUGUGGUUCUGGGUUGUAUGUUUGCUCCUAAGGUCCAUAUCAUCAUGUUUCAGCCUCAGAAGAAUGUGACAAGCCACAGGCUUAACCUCAAUCGUUUCAGUGUCAGUGGGGCUGCCACCACAUACGCAUCCCAGGCUUCUGCCAGUGCCCAACAUGUCCCAACUGUGUGCAAUGGGAGAGAAAUCGUCGACUCCACUACGUCCUCUCUGUGACCACGUCCACGUCUCUGAAUUUGCCCCUGCGACUGUUAGCAAAUCCAUGGACAUUAAUCCCCCUGUGCCGACCAUGACUCCUCACUUCAUACAAACACUGUAUACACCCAUACACACAACAUUUACAGACAAAUACGCACAUAAACAAAAAAUUCCCUCCUUGUGGACUAGGACUGUAUUGUUUCACAAAUGUAGAAAGUGUAUAACUAUAAUUAAAUUAUUUUCUAGGGAUGUACAUAUAUGGAAUCGACAUUGUUGUAAGUAGAGAAACAAAAGAACAAAAAAAAGUUUUUAGGAAGAAUUUUUGGAGCCUUUGUUUUUGAUAGCUUUGUUAUGACGCGGUGUAAAUAGACAUGUGCUUAAUCAUGGUAGGAGGGUGUGUGUGUCCCUCGAUCUGGAUGCACAUUUGUGGCUCUGCUUGCCUCACCUGCAAUAUCGCACAGGCUUUUUACUCUCAUGCUUUUUUGUAGGUCUCAUUGUAAUACCCAACUAUGUAUGCAUUUGUAUUGUGUAUUGUACAUUUGUAUAUUCUACUACUGAUGGUUUAAACAGCACAAUGUUGACAGUAUUGUAUCUCUAGAAUGAAUGUGGACAAGGAUCAUAUGGACAGUAUGAGAUGGCAGACAUAUACAGAAAUCCAUCGACUCAUAGUGAAACUGUCCCAGAAAGCAGUUUCUACUUUGAGAACUCAUCUCUUCAGAAUAUUUGCUUUGCAUUUUAGAUCCAUAUAAGGAACUUUUGUGGCUGUUUUUGCAGGAAAAUGUUUUGCUUUUGAUACAAAUGUUAAUUUUUCUAUUUCUGAUUAUUGAAUCCCUUUAUCUAAGUGGCCAUAGUUCUAGACAUGUGUUCAGAGAAGCACCAGUAUGUUCACUCCCACUCUCAAACUGCUGCUCUUGUAGAGGACUGUCGUCCAAAUGGCUGAUGAUACACAAAGAUGAAACACAUCAAAUUUCCUUCACCUCAAACCUACCAGUUUCUGUAUAAAUGGUAAGAAGACUAAUUUUAACACUGAUGGAGGGAGUUUUGCCUGCUUUUCUGAACACAUGUUGAAUUUUUCCAACAACAGGGGAGUGGUAGCUUCUGUUUUUGUUCCCCGUUGAUACAGCAUGUGGUGAUGUUUUGAAUAUGGCUAUGUGCCUUAAUGUAUGUUUGGUAGUGCUCGGGGUACUUUGACAUUACCAGCCAGGUAAGUGUGAAAGUGAGCCCAUUUAAGAGAAUAUGUUUCAGGAAGACACUAUGCCAGCUAGUUUUAACCCCUUCCAAGCCUUCUGCCAUUGAUUGUGUAUCUCAAGUCUUCAACCAGUGAAUCCAAACAACCCUGUCUGGAAAUGUCUACACCCCUUCUUUCUCCAGGUUGUGUUAAAAACAUGAAAUGGUUGUAUCUCUACCUAUCGCUCUUAUUUAACUUUAUUACAGCUCAGCGGCUUCAGUAAAAGAAGGAAGGGGAAUAGAAGCUCAUAUACUAUUAAGAUGAAGUCAUUGACUCGUCGACUUAUUGAAGUGUGUAGUUUACGUGUCUGUGUUAAAUGUGUUGACUCAGAGAGGCACAGUGGAGCAGCUGGCUUUGCCAGUCAGUCCCAGAGAGGCUCACAAGAGGAGGCAGAGCACACAGUGUCAGCUGCUAGCAGAUCCCAUCUAACAAAAGACUGUUAGCAGUAGAAAUAUGCAUAACAAACAUAGCAUUUAACAUUAUUUUUGUGGCUGGAAAUAAGGCAGACUUUCUGCUGAGAUGGGGGGAUAAAUGAUAAAUAUAUAUGUAAAAAAAAGUUUUAAUGGAAAAAUCUAAAUAGAGUAAAUUAGUCAACUAAUUUAGCACUACAGCGUAUUUAGGAGAGGCCUGCCAUGCAAGAGGAUUUAGAAAGGUAUUGAACUGAGUUUAAAUAGUUAUUAUGCUGUCUAAAAUAAAUUGUCACUGAUAUGUUGGUGUUCUGGACAAAUAAUGUGAGCAGAAUCACUUCUUUACUGGUGCAGACAAGCAUUUUAAAUCUAUUUCAUCGUACAGUGAGUGCAUUCAUCUCUUAACACCUCUCCAAUAGAGACCCAUGACAGUCACACUGAAUGACAGAUUGAAGGAAUUUUUAGAGGAUGAGCGAAGACGGGCCGACCUACAUUGGGGUGUGUGUGUGUAUUAGGUGCAGGGAGCAGGAGGAGAGAGCGAUGUAGCGGGGCAGAGGGGAGCUGCUGCUGCUGCUGCUGCUGGCUUAUGUAAAGCACUCCCACAGCCCAGAAGUCAAAGGGAUUCUAUGAAAGCUCAAAAGCAUCUCUGAGAUUCGCAGCCUUUGUUAGCAGGAGGCUUAGCCAUUCACUCUCUGGUCCUGCUCUCACAAGAUACACCCCGCAUGGCAGGUUGCUAUGGACAACCACCGCUACAUCCGCUACUGGAAUGUCUGUUUGUCUGCAUGGUGAGGAGGGAGGGAGAGAGGGAGGAAGGGUAAGGAGGUGGAGAAGUAGAACGAGGAAAGACGGGUUGUUGGUUGGGAUUCAAAUUGGCACUUAUUGAUGAGAUUUGGCUCAACGGAGGCCCUGGAUCGACUCAAAGCUUUUUAAAUGGCCACACAAUUAGAAUACUUAACCCUGAUUCUGCUCUCAUUUAGUCCAGGGACUAGUCUUAGACAAGAGUCUCACACCCCUUCCUCUGACCUUCUCUGUGUCCACCUCAUCCCUGCAACCUCGACCCCAACUUGUUUCGUAUGUCUGUGUGAAACUGGCUGCUGAGUCUUUCUCACCCAAGACCACCUAAGCCAGACAAACAGAUUAGUCGACCACACUUAAAGGGUGCUCGCUGCAGAACAUGCCAACAGGGGGGACCUUGAGGAGGAUGGAUAAGGGACUGGUGAAUAAAGGCAAGAAAGUAUGGGAAAAUCAAAGGAAAAAUCUCCUUUCUCACAGCACUACAGAUGAUGAAAACAUCUCAUGUACCUUACAGCUUUCUCUGUGGCUUCUUUAUUGACUUCACUCAAAUAUCUCUUUCAAAAAGUAAAAAACCAUCUACCACACACACUGUUCCUCUUUUCGGUCUCUGCCAACUGCCUUGUGCUCUGCAAAGGUCUGGGUUAUGUAGUCCCCCCCACAUAGAAGAAAGGAUCCUCAGUCCUUUGGAGGUUUAAAACAAGACUGCAGAGAAAUGAAGCCGAGGUCAAGCUGAACUCUGGAACGUGUCAAGUGCAAAGCAAUAGCUCGGUGUUUCUGAUACAUGCAAUAACGAGGCUGUGAUGACAUCAUAAUAAA